GUCACUUCGCGACACAAAGAAAACAACAACAACCGAAAGUUAUAUUUUGAAUUCAAAUUGUUGAACCCUCAAUCGGAAAGGAAAUCCAUGCCAUGUUUAUGGAUUGUUGUGUAAAUACAUGCAUUGUUUAAUAGUUUUAUUUGCAACACGUCGCUUGAACUGUAAAUCAUGAUGACACACCGAUUGUAAAAACAUCCUUCUGUUACUUUGAGCUAGGAUUUUGCGAAACAAACACGCAUCACGAUGUACCGCUUGUGUUUUAUCGUAGUUAUUUUAUUUGUGUCCGAGUGUGAUAGUUCAGCUCAACAAUGUAGGAAUGAUAGAGGUGAACCAGUUGAUUGGUUUUACAUCUACAAGCUACCUAAGGAAAAGAAUCAUUUAAAUCCCUUGGUCCGAAAAGGGGUAGCCUACAUGUACCUGACUCCCUCAAAACUGCGGCAAGGUUGGAUCAUGUCCGACAUGUCCAUUGCCAAUCCCAACUCCAUGUUGGGCAGGACACUGCAACCCAUGUACCAGUCAAAGACCAUGACCGUUUUAUACAAUGACCAGCCCCCAGCUAAUGAGAAUGCCCCAGAUAUUCUGCAAAAUGUAGCUGAAAUGUAUUCAAAACGUAAAAAAGGUCAAAUGAAGUUCACGGAACCAUCAGUAAAGAAGUACAAAAAGUUCAAGCUAGGCGACAAGUAUUACGACGACUACGACCUAGCCGAGAUGUGCAAAAUGCACACCAAAUUCUUGAAGAAUAGGGUUGAGAAAGGCCACACAAAGGGCGUGAUUAUGGGAGACAAGUUUACGUCGCUGUGGCUUGUGCAUUCUGUGCCAAGGUUCCCACCAGUACCUGAUGGUCGCGGCAUGAACCUAACCAGCUACAGCUACCCACAAACCGGUAUGAAGUACGGACAGUCCAUGCUCUGCAUGUCGGUACAGACAGCCACGGUAAACCAGAUAGCCACCCAGCUGAAAUACAACGAGCCACUCGUGGUUUACAGCCAAAUACCUACGGAAUACGAGAAUGAGCUGCCAGCGUUGGUUGAGGUGGUGAACAAUAAGACUGUUGAUGCUUCUCCUUGGUACCACAUAGAGAGCUUCGAAACUCUGGCCGGACGCAAGUUCCUUUCGUUCGCGAAGAGUGCCAUGUUCAACGACGACCUUUACAGCGGCUUGGUGGCCGAGGUGCUGCAGUCAGACCUGCUGGUGGAGUCCUGGACUAACGGCCCUGGGACCUUGGACUCGGAGUGCAAUAGAAACUUUCAAGUGCGUAACAUAGAGCGCCUAAAGUUUCCACUAGCUCGUAUGUCCUUCACAUCUCACCACGACCACUCGAAAUGGACGGUCGCCGUCGCGCACAAAAUGCACAACAGCCAGGACACCAAAGUGGCUGACUAUUGGGUCUGCGUGGGAGACAUCAAUAGAGCGUUACCACAAGAAUCCCGAGGAGGCGGGACUGUGUGUACAUCGGGACCCAUUUUAUGGGGAAACUUCGCUCAUUUAAUUGAGUCAGUUCAAUCAUGUUAAAUCUAAUCUCAUUAGGUAAUUAAUUGAAUUCUUUUCUUAACUAUAAAUCAGGCGAAUGUGUGCUUUUAAAGUACAAUAAAAACUUAAGAUGACCAUAUUGACAUGACCUACACAAACGGAAUAAAGUCAAUUACAAUUAACAGUUUGAGCAAAAUUAUUCGAAACAUGCUGUCAGUGUAACUUAAGGUUGUGAAUUGUGAUAUUACUGUGCGUUAAAAAAAUAUGUGAUUCUAUUUUAAAAGUCAGUUCCAUUACAGUACAGAUGUGUAUUGUGAAUGCAUGUAGCGGUGUACUGUACCUCUAGUGUACAUUUAUUCGAUAGCGAAACGUGACGUACGCGUUUGCGUUAAGUCUCAUUUUGUAUGGGAUUUUGAGUUUCAAAAACGUCCCGCUUGGCGCGCUGUUUCUAAAUCCCAGACAAAAUGAGACUUAACGAAAACGCGUAAGUCACGUCAUGCUAUCGCAUAAAUUUACACUAGGGAUUCAGUACAGCUAGAUUGUGCUAUAUAUUUUGUUCUUUUGACUUGCCAAUUUGACAUUGAUUGGAAUGAUGACAGCCGAGUUACCGCGAGAGUCAGAUAGCCUUGUUUCGCCAGUUAGUCAAAGUAACCCUACAUUAACUAUGUACGUCUAUUAUAGUUCUUAUUGUUAAAUUAUGCAUAACGAGCUGCAAAAGUGCACUUUGUGCAGUGGGUAUGCAGUUUUGCAGCCGGUUGUACUUUAAUUACUCCAUUUACUAGUUCAAUCUUUAUUAAUUUUAUUAUGUUAGAAUAUGUACUCAAAUAAUAACAAAUAGUAUUAAUUUAUUUCUCGCCAAGUCGCCAUAUAGAGCAUCUGUGAUCACCGUUAUGACAAUAGGUAUUAUUAAAACCAAAGUUAAGAAUGCAAACAUACCUAUUUGAUUUUAUUUUAAGGACCAUUUUGUUUAAUUUCUUUAUAAUUAACGCUUAAUACGGAAACACCCGGAAAACACUUUAUAUGUACCUACUCUUGUGAAUACUUCAACGAAGUACUUAAUGUAAAUUGUUAAGUAACCUUUUAUAAGUUAUACAGUACCUAAAAAGUCUAUUGACGAAACGUUUACACUGUAUGUAUUUAUGUAUUAGUAAAUAAGUAUGAAGUCUAAAAAU